AUGGCUCUGGCGGCCAGGAAAAAGAUUGUUAAGGAGAAGGGUCAAGAGCCUGAUGAUUUUGAGGAGCAAGUGGCCCAGGCCCUCUUUGACCUGGAGGCCACCAACAGCGAGCUCAAGGCCGACCUGCGGGACCUCUAUAUAUCCGGGGCCAAGGAGAUUGACGUGCAGGGGGGCAGCAGGAAGGCGGUGAUCGUGCAGGUGCGCGGCGCGCCGCAGGGAGGGUUCUUGGGGUAG